AGUGCGUGGACAUUUUCCGAUCUUCUCCCGAAGCACCAGAGGUCUUCAUUCCCACCCAAGAUGCCGAACCUCUACGUAGGCACAUACACCCGCAAGGAAGGCCACGUGGAUGGCCACGCCAAGGGCAUCUACUCCUACUCGUUCGACGAUGCUACGGGUGCCUUGAAGCUGCUCAAAGUGACUGAGGGCGCGGGUAUCAACCCGUCCUACGUCUUUGGCACCAACUCGACGCUGUACGCCGUGAACGAGAGCAACGAGCCGUCCCAGCUGCAUCCCGGAGAGGAGACGGGCUUCAUAUCUGCUUAUAAGAUGGAAAAAGACGGCGGGCUCACGCAGAUCAGUCGCUAUGAGACCGGCGGGGCUUACACUUGCCACGUAGCUCUCAGUCCCAACGGAGACUUCGUAUCCGUGGCUAACUACGGCGGCGGUAGCCUCUCGCUCUACCCCGUGAACGCGGACGGCUCGCUUGCCCCUGCGUCGGACCACCACCGCUACGAAGGCGCAAGUAUGGCCAUCCCGGAGCGUCAGGAAGCCUCGCACAUCCACAGCACGGCGUGGACGCCAACGGGCCUCCUUGCGGCUGACUUGGGCACCGACCGUCUUGUGCAGUACAAGCUGGACGCGGACAAUAAGAAGCUGGUGGACGAGGAAUUCAUCACGCGUCCUCCUGGCUCUGGUCCGCGUCACUUGGCGCUCUCCCCGGAGCUCGGCGUGGGCUACGUCAUCAAUGAGCUCGACAACACGGUGGGUGUGUACCCGCUGGACGCCAAGACUGGCAAAUUAGGCCACGAGGCGCUACAGAACAUCUCGACGGUGCCCAAGGACUACUCGGGCCCCGCGCCACUGGCGUCGGACAUCCACAUCUCGACGAACGGCAAGUUCGUGUACGCGGCCACGCGCUUCUGCCACAGUAUCGCCAUCUACAAAAUCUUGGCCGAUUCACGUCUCGAGCUGGUGGAGAUCCUCCCCACGCGUGGUGAGACGCCGCGCGACAUCCUCCUUUACAAGGACUUUGUGCUGGCGGUUAACCAAGACACUAACAGCAUCGACGUCUUCCGAGCCGACGGCGAGACCGGCAAACUCACGUACACGGGCAACUCCAUCGACUGCCCGUCGCCGUCGUCCAUGUUCAUCGCGCAGUAAAUUUCCUGCUUAGAGAGUCGUAAGAUCCGCUAAUCGUUAAUGGAUUCUCUAUUUCACGUACUUAAUCGAAAACAU